AUGCAACGACUAAGUUCGUGGCUGGACCAAUUACCACUUCGUCGACGUGGUUCAAAUCGUCGCUGUGAUAUACAAGGACCGCAGAAACAUUCGUUGUCUGCUGCUCCUUGCGUUCGGUAUAGUGGUUCCACAGUGCAGAAUUAUCGUUCAAAUGAUAAUGGUCAAAAAUCGCAAACAUUAAAGAGAUCCGAUAUUUUAUAUGAAGCUACACCGCAUUAUCAAUGUGACACUUUCAAUCAGACGAAUGAGUCUCUUUCGCGAUCAUUUACAUCAUCAUUUAAUUCUGGACGAAAGAUUAUUCGAACUAAUCCAUGGGUUCAUCGCAAUCCAUCUAUUUUACCGAACACUACGCGUUUACACAAACCACCAAACGAAUUAUUUUACGCCUCAAUGGACCAUUGUGCUUGUAUGAAGAAUCUCGAUGAGAGCACUUGUAGCUCGGGAUAUUGCAGUCAAGAAAGCAGCCCAGAAUCGUCACUAAUUUCACCAAACUGGCAACCACUAUUCGAAAUUGGUCAGCGCCCGCAGUUAGAAGAUAAAGCAGUUGAAUGUUAUUCAAUUGAUGUUGAUGAAGCGUUAAAAAGCCCAGGUUCAUCACUAAAUUCGCCAAAUAUGCAAUCUUCACUAGAAAUUCGCCAGUGUCGCCAAAUUGAGAAUAAAGCUAUCGAUUGCUGUUCAGUUGAUCUAGAUGAAGCGUUAGGAUUGGAUAACUAUAAGGAAGAUUCCGACAGAUAUGCUCCGAUUUACAAGUAUAUGGAUGAUGAUAGUGCUCAUAUUUACCAUGAACUUGAGUCAUUUAAUCGUUUAUCGAUAAUGCUUGAUGACGAUCGCUACUAUAGUUCGGAUUCUGAAUUCGUAGCCUCAUCAUCAGGUGCUUCACCUUCUCCGCGUUCACCAUCGCCAAUUUACGCUAAACCAUAUGCUUAUUCGCCUAUUAGAAAAGGACAAUAUGGAAAUGAUUAUCCGAACGUAUCAUCCAGCUUCACAUAUAUUCCUUGUUGCAAGACAGAACCCCAAUUUCAUGCGCCUCCUCCACCAAAAGUUACUACUUUCGAGAAGGACGAACUUGAUUUUCUUGCUGAAUUAGAUGCGCAAAUCACAGAACUUCAGAUAAAGAGUGUUGUGGUUCGAAAAAUGGUUGAUGAGGCUCGAGAACGACAUAAUGCUAGAAAUCGAAAUGCCCAAAUUUUCAUGGACCAACUUGCUGAACUGAGAUCCAUGAAGUGGGCUAUGCAAAACCAUUUUGAGCUUGCUCUUUAG